AUGGCGGGUAGUGGGACCACGGCCGUGGGUGCUGUGGAUGAUCUGGCCACGCUGACCACCUUGGACAAUGACUUGUUGCUUGAGCAUCUGCAUCAACGCUACGAAAAGGAUGUCAUCUACACAUAUGUGGGCGAUAUCCUGAUUGCCAUCAACCCUUUCAAGGAGCUCGGCAUCUACGAUGCAGCCCACAAGGCCGAGUACCAGCAGGGCAACCCCAAGCUGCAGCACACGCCUCACAUUUUUGCCGUGGCUGACACGGCCUACCAUGACAUGCUCAAGACGGGCAAGGACCAAUGCUGUGUCAUCAGUGGUGAGUCGGGUGCCGGCAAAACGGAGAGCGCCAAGUUUGUCAUCAGCCACAUCAUCGAUCUCUGUCGUGCCGGCGACCUGGGUUCCAAACUCGAGCAGCGCAUCCUGCAGAUGAAUCCGCUUCUCGAAGCCUUUGGCAAUGCGAGCACAUUUCUCAACGAUAACAGCUCGCGUUUUGGUAAAUAUACCGAGCUGCUGUUCAACCCCCAAGGCCAAGUUAUGGGGGCUCGCCUCUCCGAGUAUCUGCUGGAAAAGUCGCGGGUCGUCCACCAAAUGGUGGAAGACAAAAACUUUCACGUCUUCUACUACUUGUUUGCAUCGGCCGAACGCGAUCUUUUGGGGCUUGACACCCCAGCCACUUUUCCGUAUCUCAACCAGGGAAGCAUUCCAAGCGACGCUCAUCAGCAGCUUGAGUUGGUUCAUCAAGCGCUGGACGACAUUGGAUUCACUCGCGAAGAACAGAGCAUGCUACAGCACGUGUUGGCUGCUGUCUUGCACACGGGUCGCAUCAACUUCAAGUCAGCGGAUCAUCUCGAGCCGGCUCACUUUGCUGACGGCGCCGAAGGGGUGCUGGCUCAAGUUGCAAAAUUGUUGAAGGUAGACCAGGCAGCCCUGCACGAGGCUCUGAUGGCGUCAAACGUCAUCACGCGUGGUGAAGCCAUCCGCAAACCCUUUACGCUGGAGCAAGCUGAAGACACGCGCGAUGCCAUGGCCAAGGCCCUGUAUGGGCGGAUGUUUGGCUGGAUUGUGAGCGGCAUCAACGGCUUGCUUAAACCUGACCUCCCAGGCAUCCUCGACAUUUUCGGGUUUGAGAUUCAUGCUGAAUCGGGCUUUGAACAAUUUUGCAUCAACCUGGCCAACGAGCAACUACAACAUUUCUUCAACCAGCAAGAGUACGCCCGCCAGGGCGUUGACGGGGCCAAUGUCACCUACGUUGACAACGGCCCAGUCCUCGACAUGUUCCUGAGUCGCCCCGUGGGACUUCUAGCCUUGUUGGACGAAGAGUCGCAUUUUCCCAAAGCUACGGACGAAACACUCGUCCUCAAGUUUGCGCUGCAAUUCAAGGAUUACAAGGCUUUCGUCCCUGCCCAAGGUGCUGAUUGCAGCUUUACCGUGCGACACUAUGCUGAAGACGUCCAAUACACCGGCUACGGCUUCCUCUAUAAGAACCGCGACAGCAUGGCACCUGAUGUCAGCGCCGUGCUACAGACCAGUGGCUUGUCCGUUGUUGCCGAGAGCUUCCUAGCCGAGGUGUCCAGCACGGGACAGAUCUUGGCUGACCGUGCUCGGUGGGGAGCCAAUGCGGGUCGUCGCCGUCAGAAGGAUUACAUGCCAGGCGCUGGCAAGAAGACGAUGAACACGACCAACAAGCGUGCAUUGACCGUCAGUGGCCAGUUUCGCAACUCGCUGUUUCUUUUGGUGGAGAAAAUGACAGCCUGCAGCCCGCAUUUUGUGCGCUGUAUCAAACCGUCCAAGACCAAGAAUGCCAACUUUUUUGAUCCCAGCUAUGUCAUGGCUCAGCUCAAGUAUACUGGCAUGCUCGAAACGACGCGAAUCCGACGUGAGGGCUAUUCUUUUCGCCCGUCUUUCGAAGAAUUUCUGGAGCGACGCACCAAGGUGUUUUUGAAGUACUUUCAAGCUGAAGCCCUUGACGAGAAGGUGCAGCAGUUCCAAAAGCAUGCCGCUUCGCUGCAAAAAGUGGCAAAGGGUUUCUUGGCCCGGCGGCAUGUGCAGCAAAUGAACGAACAGAAGCGCAAGCAAGAGGCCGCCACGGCAAGCUUUUUUGCGACCGUGGACAAGAGCAUGCUGCGUCAGCUUGAGAUCUUGCAACGUCUGAGCGAUGCAGACGCGGCAGCCGGCCCGGAGCGUUUUGUACCCAAGAGUCCUCCCAAACCGGCCACACCACCACCCAUUUCCGCGCCUGCGCCGUCGCCUGCGCCUGCGCCUGAAUCGAAAGUGGUUGCGAGUUUGAUAGCCGAACCGCCGUCAGCUACCGCUGCCGCGCGCCCUCGCAUUGCAGAAGCACAAGCUCAACCAUCACGCGAAGAACUGGCAGUUGCAGGCUUGCUUAAGCAAAAAAAGCCAGAAAAGGUAAAGCCUAUCAAGGUCAAGCUGGACCCCAAGGUUAAGGCAGCCGUCAAGUGGUGGCGCAAGAACGAACGACGCCGCGGUGCGGGUCAAAAGCCAUCCGGACACUUUCAUGAUUGGUUCCACGGCGUCAUCACUCGACGAGAGGCUGAAGAUUUGCUGGCACCCAAGCCUAUUGGAUGCUUUCUUACCCGUAUCAGCGAGACGCGCCUCGGCUACACCUUGUCGGUGCGCACUCGCCACGCCUGCAAGCACUUUGUGAUUGAGGAGACGAGGGAGUCGCCUUCACGCUAUAUGCUGCAAGGACGAGAUGUUUACUUUGACACCCUUGAGCGCUUGAUUGAGCAUUAUCGUGGACACCCUGCCAAUGACCAAGGUGAUCACCUCACCGUGCCUUGUGGUCAGCCCUUGGGGCGACCGGCAGACUAUUUGCUCUUAUUGAGCUGA